CAGAUGCAAAAAGCAGAUCAGGUCACGGCUCAGGUAGCAGAGUAUAUAAGGAGCCAGGGAUAGACCAUGAAUAGAUCAUCAAAUUGAUUCUCUCCAUCCAACCUGGUCAGAAGUUCCAAGGGCAACUGAGAUGUUCCGUUCCAGCCAUUUCCAGCCCAACCAUGAGAUCCAGAACUUCAACCCAAGCCACGACGUGGAGAUCCUUCAUCGACAGCUUCAAGACGACUUGCAAAGAAUGCAGAAUGAUGCGGAGAGAAGGAUGGAAUGGAUGCAGCGGGAGUGCCAACUCCCACCUCACCACCUUGACCUAGGGCAGAGGGCAAUUCAGAGUAGACCCCUUUCCACCCCCAGAGAAAUGCUCCUUGGCAGACGGUGGAAUGGAAAUGGAAAUGGAAACUUUGAGCUGUGCCUAGAUGUGGAGCAGGUUCCUUCGGACGCACUGAAUGUAAAGACAGAAGGAAGGAAACUGAUCGUGACAGCAAAACACGACGAGAAAAAGGAGACAGCAGAUGGCACAAUUGUUCACCAAUUUAGAGAGUUGCACAGAGAAGCCGAGCUUCCCGAAGACGUGAAUCCCAGGGACGUGCUGUGCUCCAUGUCCAGGGACGGGCGACUCCACUUCCAGGCACCUCGCCUGGCACUGCCCGCCGCUCAACACAGAAUUAUCCCACUCCAUAGAGAAAUACACAUCCCCAUCCGGGUGGACUCAAAGUGGGCAAUACACUGAGACCAAGGCCAACAUGUAGGAAUCUGUUUUUUAAUCGGCAAUAGAGACACAAAGCUUGAAAUCCCUGACUCUGAUCUGAUAUUACUUGUCUGUCUGGUAUAGGCCUAGCUGUUCUGAUCAACUAUAGAAUGUUCUAUGUCAUUUAUAUGAAUAAAUCUUUCAUGGUAUUAGUCUGUGCUCCAAA